AUGGAGUCCUCCCGCGGCCCUCCCCGCGUCAAAAACAAACAAGCCGCCCCCCAACAGAUCUCCGCCGAACAACUCCUCCGCGAAGCCGUCGACCGCCAAGAACCCACCCUCACAGCGCCCACCCAACGCUUCGCCGACCUCGAAGAACUGCAAGAAUACCAAGGCCGUAAGCGCACGGAAUUCGAGAAUUACGUCCGACGGAAUCGUCUGAAUUUCGGCAACUGGCUGCGCUAUGCAGGUUGGGAACUGGAGCAGAAGCAGUUCGCGCGGGCCCGGAGUGUGUUUGAGCGGGCGUUGGAUUGUGAGCAGACGAAUGUGCAGGUUUGGAUGCGGUAUAUUGAGGCGGAGAUGAAGGAGAGGAAUAUCAAUCAUGCACGGAACUUGCUCGAUCGGGCUGUUACUAUCCUCCCGCGCGUGGAUAAGAUUUGGUAUAAAUAUGUGUAUAUGGAGGAGAUGUUGGGGAAUGUGGGCGGGACGAGGGCGGUGUUUGAACGGUGGAUGAGUUGGGAGCCGGAGGAGGCGGCGUGGGGCGCGUAUGUGAAGAUGGAGAAGCGGUAUGGGGAGUUUGAGCGGGCGAGGGGGGUGCUGGAGCGAUUCACCAUUGUGCAUCCGGAGGCGCGGAAUUGGAUCAAAUGGGCGAGAUUCGAAGAGGAGAACGGGACGGCGGAUUUGGUGCGGGAGGUUUUCGCGAUGGCGGUUGACACGUUGGGGGAUGAGUUUAUGGAUGAGAGAUUGUUUAUCGCGUACGCGCGCUUCGAGGCGAAACUGAAGGAGUAUGAGCGGGCGAGGGCGAUAUACAAAUACGCACUCGACCGCAUGCCGAGGAGUAAAUCCGCGAUUUUACACAAGCAAUACACGACGUUUGAGAAACAACACGGGGAUCGGGAGGGCGUGGAAGACGUCGUCCUCGCCAAACGCCGCGUCUUAUACGAAGACCAAGUCACCACCAACCCCUCCAACUACGACGCCUGGUUCGACUACGCCCGGCUGGAAGAGUCCUCCCCAACCAGCGACCCGGCCCGCGUCCGCGACAUCUACGAGCGCGCAAUAGCUCAAGUCCCGCCUUCGACCGAAAAGAGGCAUUGGCGGCGGUACAUCUACCUCUGGAUUUUCUACGCCCUGUACGAGGAAAUCGUCACGAAAGAUAUCUCUCGCACGGGACAAAUCUACACGGAAGCACUGAAACUCGUCCCACAGAAACAUUUUACCUUUGCCAAACUCUGGAUUUUGAAAUCGAGGUUUCAUCUCCGACAGGGUGAUCUCCUCUCCGCGCGAAAAACAAUGGGGAUAGCCAUCGGCACCACCCCGCGACCCAAACCGAAGUUAUUCCGCGCGUACAUCGAGAUGGAGAUGAAAUUGUAUGAAUUCGUGCGGUGUCGGAUGUUGUACGAGAAGUGGAUCGAAGCCGACAGUUCGAACGUGACGGCGUGGAUCAAGUUUGCGGAACUCGAGCGCGGUCUCGAUGAUGUGGAGCGGGCGCGGGCGAUUUUCGAGUUGGCGACGAGGCAAGAGGUGCUGGAUAUGCCGGAGUUGUUGUGGCGGGGCUACAUUGAUUUCGAGGAGGAUUUGGCUGUUAGUGGGGAAGGGGGUGGGGGGAUGGAAGGGUGGGGGAGGGUUAGGGGGUUGUAUGAACGGUUGUUGGGGAAGACGGGGCAUGUGAAGGUGUGGAUUAGUUAUGCGCAGUUUGAGUUGGGGGUGCCUGGGGAGGAUCAAGGGGUUGAGGAGGAGGGCGGCGAGGAGGGUGCAGUGGCGAAGGAGUCGGUGAUCCGUGCCCGUGCCGUCUUCACCCGAGCGCACAAAUUGUACAAAGAGAAAUCCCUGACCGAGGAACGCGUCGCUCUCCUCCAAGCCUGGAAGGGUUUCGAGGACGUUCAUGGUUCGGAGGCUGAGAGGGAGAGCUUGGCGAAACAGAUGCCACGCAGGGUGAAGAAGAGGAGGAGGUUGGAGGAUGGGAGUUUUGAGGAGUUUAUGGAUUAUGUUUUCCCGGCUGAUGAGGUGGGGGGUGGGAAGAUGAGUAAACUUAUGGCGGAGGCGCAGAGGUGGAAGAGGGAGAGGGAGGAGAGGGAGGCUGCUGAAGCUGCUGAGGUGGUGGAGUAG